AUGCCAGAGAUACGCAACAGCGCCACCAGAACCCCUCGACUGGGACACCCAACUUGUACACCAUUUCGAUCUGGUACAAGUACAACUUCCCCUUCCCCAGAACAAGCCAUCGUAAAUAUCUGUCUGGAUGGAUUCUGCAACGACGAGAGACUCAUCAGAUCGUUGUCUAGCAGACCAGAAGAGAUACUCUCAGCUGAGUCACGGGAUAAAGCACUCCGAGAUCUGGGCGAACCUGUCCUCGAGCUUGUCCUCCGACUUAACAAGGCAAUUAAAGAUCACGAUCACGAUCACAAACACGAAGGUGACUUUGCUCUACUUCUUCAAAGACUAGAUGAUACGAUUGCUUUAGCCACCGAAAAAUUCUACGCAUUCCCUUUCAGCCACGUGCCGGCCUUUUGGCGACAUCUGUUCAGAGCAGCAAGUCUUUUGAAAUUUUCCGCCUUGUCAAUGAAGAAUCUCUGGGGACAGUCUGCACUCUCAGCUCCUCUGGCAUUUGAUAGCCAGCAGAUGGAUGAAAUGGUGAGGGUCAUCGAUAUGGCACUUAUCAUGGCAGGUCCAUCAGAGUCGGAUGAUACCCAAGCUGAUAUUGUCAAUGUCUUGGGUAUUCUUCAUGACAUCCACACUUCAUUUAGUUCAGAUGAGGGCAGAUCUCCUGCAAAGCGGCGGAAAACAGAUAUUCGCGACAAAGGAGGUAUGGAUCGAUUCCCUGUCUCGUCCUCAUUCAUUCCACCGGCGUCAGACUCGAUCUCCAGAGAACAUCUUCCCGAUUUCAAUGUUUUUGAGACGCACAUGUCACAACCAAGAGAUUCAUCUCUUGGGCCUGAACCUCUCAUCAUCACUGGGGCAUUGGAUCACUGGCCGGCCCGUGGAGACCGCUCCUGGAGCCGCCCCAGCUAUCUUCUCUCCAAAACUAUUGGCGGUAGACGUCUCGUACCAAUUGAACUCGGUCGGAGUUACGUUGAUGAAGGCUGGGGCCAAAAGAUCAUCCCGUUCGAAGACUUUAUGGAAAACUACAUUUUUCUCGAUACAAAAACACCUGCUCGUGCCACCGGCUAUCUUGCUCAGCACAACCUGUUCAACCAGAUUCCAUCACUGCGUGAAGACAUCGCGAUUCCUGAUUACUGCUACACAUCACCACCACCGCCUCACCACUCGUCCCCCCUUGCAGAAAAACAUGCAAGAAUGCCAGAGCUAGAUGAGCCGUUGUUGAAUGCCUGGUUCGGGCCAGCCGGAACCAUCAGUCCUCUUCACACAGACCCGUAUCACAAUAUUCUCUCGCAGAUUGUGGGAAAUAAGUAUGUUAGACUGUAUGCCCCACGAGAGAGUGCAAAGCUGUACGCGAGAGGUAUAGAAGAUGGGGGGAUUGGUAUGGAGAACACUAGUGAGGUUGACAUUGGUGUUUUAGCCGGAUGGGAUGGGACUGAAGAAGAAAUGGCAGCUGCCCAUGAACGAUUUCCACUCUUCGGAGAAGCUCGGUUUGUAGACUGCAUCCUUAAAGAGGGUGAAUGUCUUUACAUUCCGGUUGGAUGGUGGCAUUACGUACGGAGUCUCAGCGUGAGCUUCAGCUCCUGCAAGCCUCAUUGGGCCAGUCUCUCGAGCGGGAGAGACAGGCUUUGUCGAUCCUCUACCUCCAAACAAGCCUCCUCCCUCGGCCCAGGAGCCAGACCUCAGUCCCAAUAUCUUAUUACGAGCAGAAUAUUGGAUAUCUGGAUCUGUCCCGCACGAACCCAGAAUCUGACUCGGCAUAAAACCGUGAAGCUGCUUACGGCGUACGCGUCUGAGAGCUGUGCCGCAGCCACCUUUGCACUCAUUGCACCGCCUCGGCUGGCUCACGCUGACUACACGAAAACGAUAUCUUUGUUAACCCCCAUUCCUCCCAGGGAGAAUCUCCGCUCACAGACUGAAAUCGGUAAUCAUCUCCGGGCGACUGUCAAUGCCGUUGGACUGGCCAGUUUCUCCAACGGUUCUCACCUACAGGGACUUGUGGAAAUCGUCGUCGAUCAUUGGAUGCAUGCCUGGGCAGAACACAUCAACGGAGCUGCGGCUUUGCGAACCAUCCCUAUGCCACAGCAUAUAAUCGAUCUCCGAGAGGAGGCAAAGAUAUUCAUGGCUACGGAUAGCCCCGCAUGGCGACUUUCAUCCAUCAUUAUUGUUUUUACCAUUUCCGGCUCUGACGUCAAGGACUGCAGCAUCUUGGAGCUCAGAAAGGUUGUUCAAGCUGCCCUGGAAAUAGAUCAGAGGUUCAUCCACGCAAUCAAGGACUUCCCUCUGGAGUGGCGAUAUUACACGUUAUAUACAAACAAAAGGUCGGACCUUAUCUGGACCGGUAAAUAUCAUGUUGAAGACGAAUAUUGGAUGGCGCAUAUCUGGAACGGCUUUAGGAUGUGUAGGAUCUUACUCCCUGAACUGCUGAGGGAUCGACUUUUGGUUGCAUCGACAGCGAUGAAUCCUGUAUUUACGGAAGAGGAAAGCGCAACCCAACUACAACCGCUCGAUGGACCUGACGACAGAGCCGACUCGAGAGUGGGCGAUAGACGCUUGCGAGACAUCGGAGAGAUUGUAGGGAUUCGACGAGCUAUCGUGAUUGCAGGCAUGAUUGCCGCCUGCCAGCUGCCUUCUGUCUGGAACACGAAGCCUGAUCCCCGCCUGGGCAUCCGAACUACAAGUCCAACCUUUCCGGCCUUCGCGGCCUGGCUAAAAGACUCGUCUUUCAAUCUCCGAAUAGAAGUCCCACCGAAAUCAACAGUUCUCACGCGUCUGCCCCCGUUAGCUUCAUUCACGGCAACAUGA